GCACUUGAUCACGAGGUCCACCGUGCGGAAGUCCCGAGGAUCUUAUUAUCGCCAAAGCAAAACUAGUAGAUAAGUAACUUACAGUUUUGACUGUAACUAGUGUUGUUUUUGUUGUUUUUACAACAAUAGACAAAUUAGUUCUUCACGAAUACGCAGCUGGCUACAGUCAAUGCAAAAUGUCGUCGGAGGAAUUCGAGAAGUUGCACGAAAUCUAUAAAUCACUGUACGAGGAGCUCAAGCUAAUGCCAGAGACAGCUCUGAAAAGCCACGGAGAGGACAGGAAGAGGUUGGUGAGGACCUUCGAUGAGAGGCAGGGGGAGGCUGAGGAAGUGUUACAAGGAAUGGAAGAAGAGCUACGUGCUGCCCCUUCCUCUUACAGAAAUGCAAUGAGUACAAAGCUGCGCAUGUACCGCAGGGAUCUGGGCAAGCUGCAGAGGGACAUGAAAAACUCUGCUCCUGGCUUUAGUUCUUCUUCCCAAACAAUGGAAGGAAAUCAUCAUGCCAUCUAUUCAUCACAAAACCAACAAAGUACACACCAGCAGUCCCAGAGAGCUUUGCUACUCCAGGGCACAGACGCUUUGAACAAUGCCACCCAGAGUAUUGAACGAAGUCAGCGCAUUGCCGCGGAGACGGAUCAGAUCGGCACAGAUAUCAUCGAGGAGCUAGGAGAGCAGAGGGAACAGUUGGACCGCACCAGAAACAGAUUGGUGAAUACUGGAGAGAACCUCAGUCGAAGUAGAAAAUUUCUUCGUACCAUGUCACGGCGGCUCGUGACGAACAAGUUGCUGUUAGCUGUCAUCAUUUUAAUGGAGUUGGCCAUUCUAGGUGCUGUGGUUUAUCUCAAGUUCUUCCGAAAACAGUCUUAAGCUCUGGAUCCAGGGCAUACGGACUCUCUACAUCUGUCUCCACUGACUUUCCAGUAGCAAUAAUGCUCCUCUGCUGCAUGCAGCCAACUGUUUCUACGAGAGCACACAAGGACAAUGAGACGAUUCAGUCUUAAAGUGAACAUUUUACUAAGAGAGGAUUCUGUCUAUGGGCAGGUGAAGUUCAUUUGACAGGAAUGAUGUUGAACCUGUUAAUGGACCAAACUUACAGUGAACUCCAUUCACAACACUGUGACUUAAGAUUUGCACUGUUUAGUCAGACUGUUAAUGCCAAUGACGCCCUGCAGGAUGAUUUUCUGGACGUGUGCUGACUGCAACAGACCCCAGAGAUGAUGUAGGAUUUUUUACAUGCCUGAGUACGAUCAACUUACUCCCACAUGUAGAUUCUCUGCUGACUGUACUCGUGAAAUGUUACUGAUCGAUUGGUGCAACAGUUCUGGGAGGUUCAUAAAUCCUCAGGAUUGGUUCUAAAUACAAUUGUAUUGUGCAAUUAUCUUUUUUUUUAAUACUAAACUGUAUUUGAUGAAAUGGCACCAGUUGAAUCUAUUUUUGAUUCGCCGUGAUGCCCAGUAUCUAAAUGGAUGUAAUGACCUCAUGUUUCCAAAUUCUUGAGUUCUGAGACUUAAGGCCAAAUUUGUCAGAUAUGUAAAUGAAAAAUGGAUGCAAACGCUUAAUACAAGCAAUGUUCUCUUUAAUGUUGUCUAAUCACUGUAUAACAAUAUUCCCUGUUAGGGUUCAGUAUUCCCUAUUUGACAGUCUACACCUCAUUAAAGCUUAUCUUUAACCUCA